GGGUGGGGAGAGGAGAGGGAGAGAACCAGCAAGGCAGGUUUUAAAUGAGAGGCUGGCUACCUGGAACCCCGCGGAGAGAGCGAGCAACUUGGCUAGAGAAGCGAGCAAGCUAGGAAAGCGAGCGAUACAGAGGGAGUAGGGGGAGACUGAGACUGACUUAUAGCCGAACAGGUGGAGACGCACGCCCGGACAGACCGAUCAGGCGCCUGAGAACCUCACACUGGUUCCUCCCGCAUUUUCCUUUGAAAGCCAGGAUUUUGCCUCUUCCUUGGCGCCUGAGAGAGAAUGCUGGACUCUGCCGACUUCAGCGUGAGCUAAGAUUUCUCAGCUAGGGAGGAAAGAUCAGCCCAAUCCUGAGAAGGGGGAAAGCCAUCUCCCCUGUCCCCAUCCCCCCCCACCCCAUACCAAACUCGGGCGCCAGACCCAGCCCUUCCCCAACCAUCCGACUUCCUCCUCUCCUUUUUAGCAUGGUGGCUGUAUGGACAGUCUGACAGAACAGAGACUGACAUCUCCCAAUCUGCCGGCCCCCCACUUGGAACACUACAGUGUUCUGCAUUGCACCAUGACCCUGGAUGUGCAAACUGUAGUUGUUUUUGCCGUGAUUGUAGUCCUCCUGCUUGUCAAUGUCAUACUCAUGUUUUUCCUGGGAACGCGCUGA